AUGAAUAUUUUUCGUCGGAGAACUACCUUAAUCAUUCAUGAUCUGCUGGUUUCGACUCAGCUCGGGCAAAAACAGCUCUUUUCGAUCUUUCCCUGUCGUACAAAUUUUCACUCAUGCCCUCAAGCGGCUGCUGGCAAUAGAGAAUAUCCAAACCAGGACUUGCUGUUUCAAUAUACCUCUGGGCGUUGGCUUUGGGGAGAAAAGGAACAGUUAGCAGCUCGCUAUGUGGAGUUCGAUGUUGCAGCUCUUUGCCAGGCGGCAGCGGACGCCGUUGGUUCUCGCUCAUGCACAGAUAUCACAAAAUUGACAGAAGGAGAUUUCAACAAAGUCAUGCUGCUUACCAUGGAUGAUGGGAAAGAAGUAAUUGCAAAGAUACCAAAUCCUAAUGCUGGGCGUCCGCACUUUGUGACGUCUAGCGAGGUGGCAACGAUGGACUUUGUGAGUACCUAUUCGACUGAACACACAUCCCUUAAUCCAGAGUCAAGACUAAUUUUUCAUGUCUAUUAUACUAGCAAAAGCAAAGUCGGUGCGGAAUAUAUUUUCAUGGAGAAAGCUAAAGGAAUUCCGCUUUCGAAAAUUUGGGAUGAUAUAGAUGUCAUUCAGAAGUCAAAGAUUGUGGAAAAUAUUGUGCUCUUUGAAAAGUCUCUGGCGCUGAACCCGUUUCCUGCAUACGGUAGCUUGUACUAUUCCGAUGGCGAUACUACAGAAGGCUUUGCAGAAAGUGGCUUCACUGUUGGCCCUACCAAUAACCGAAAAUACUUUGAUGACGGAAGACGCUCAUUAACACUAGAUCAGGAUUACAUUACUGCCAAUGCAAAGAGGGAGCGUGCAUCAAUAACUUCUCUAGGUGCCUCUCCAAGGCUUCAGGGGAUUUGCCAUGGCCCUGGUCUCUAUCAACCAUCACAAACUGCAAAGCUCCGUGCAUUGGAUCUAUAUUUGUCUAUAUCAAAAUACAUUCUUCCCAAAAACAAAGAGACCCAUAAAGGUGUCCUAUGGCAUCCCGAUCUCCACACAGACAACAUCUUCGUUGACCCGCAAGAUCCAACCAAAAUAACAUGCUUGAUCGACUGGCAGGCGGUUCAUAUUGCGCCCCUUUUCCUACAGGCUCGUCGGCCAGCCUUUCUAGAUUUCGAUGGCCCUCUCCCAGAAAGGCUUAAGUUCCCUUCCUUGCCAGAGAACUUCGACGAUUUGCAACCUGAGGAGAAACUUAAGGUGAAGAAGCUAAGGGACGAGCAAGCAUUAUACGUGCUCUAUGAAAUUGAAUUGCUGCGGCAAUGCCGAGCCGCAGGUUCAGCAUUACAUGGUCGUGAUACGUUGGUCAGUCGGCUGACAGGUCUUGCUGGGUCAGUUUUUACCGAUGGAGAGCCAGUAGUGCUCGGCUACCUGAUGCAAGCCGUUGACAGAUGGGGCGAAAUAGUGGGAAAGGAUACCGCUGGAGAUCCAAUCAUCCCAUGUCCUAUUGCUUUCACAGAUGCGGAGAGGACUAAGCAACGGGUAGAUCAACAGAGAUGGGAAAAAGGUGUCGAAUUGAUGGAUGAUGUCGUUCAAUCUUUGGGCGCAUAUAGUGGCUGGGAUGGGUUUGUGAGCCAUGACGACUACGAGGCAAAGAAGCAGCAAGUCAUUGCCUCGCGAGACGCUUUCUUGCAGCGUAUGGCCGGAUCAGACGAAGACAGAAGAGCGAAAUGGAGCAAAGCAUGGCCGUUUCCUGGGACUUCUCGAGUAGAUUAA